GCGUGCGCAGUAGGUCAGUGGGUCACAUUGCCCCUCACGAUCACUGGAGUAAAGUAUGUCUGCUGGAGAGAAGACUGAUGGGGUAGCUGAGGCUCAGAAGAGAGCCCUAGAGAUAGCUGCCAAACUUACAUCCGGAGGUUACAAUAAUGGAUCCGAAGUAGAUGGUAGUAGGAAGAGACCUUUAGAUGAUGGAGAAGGUCCAGAUACAAAGAAACCUCCUACUGAUUUCAACGAUGACUCAUUACCCACUCCCAAACUAAUAGCGCAACAAGCUAUAUCAAAGAUCGCAGGCCAGUUGGGUUUUGCUCAAACAAUGACAAUAGAAAUUAAAGUACCUAACAGAAUGGUUGGAUUAGUCAUUGGCAGACAAGGUGAGAUGAUCAACAAGUUACAGGCGGAAUCAGGAGCCAAGAUACAAGUAGCCCCAGAUGGAUCAGAAGUUAGCGGAGAGAGGAGUGUAUCAAUAUCAGGGACCCCAGACACUGUAGAGAAAGCCAAACUACUGGUGAAUGGAGUGAUAGAGAAUGCAGGUGGAGUCACUUCAGUAGUUACUAAUCUAGAAGCUGGUCAAGAGGUUGUUGAAUUAAUGAUACCAGCUGGUAAAGUUGGACUAAUAAUAGGUAAAGGAGGGGAGAUGAUUAAGAUGCUUCAGGAGAGAGCUGGCUGUAAGAUGCAGAUGAUACAGGACGGACCUUAUGCUAGCACUCCUGAGAAACCUUUAAGAAUGACAGGGUUCUCCGAGAACUGCAAGAAAGCGAGACAGUUGGUUCUUGAUUUGAUGGAACAGAAGGAAUUGGAGGCUCGUGGACUCACUGGUGACCUAAGUACUGGACUACCCGAAAUGAUUGAAAUGCGUGUGCCUAGUGAACUGGUUGGUUUUAUAAUUGGAAGAAACGGAGAAAAUAUUAACAAUAUUCAAUCAUUGUGUAAUGUUCGACUUCAAUUUCACCAUGACAUUCCCCACACUCCGUACAGACUAACGACUAUUGCUGGUAAACCACUGGAGGUCCAGAAGGCUAAGAGGAUGGUUGAGGAAAUGGUUGGAGAGAGGCAACAGACUGGGAUCAAACCAAGAAUAGACUUACCUGAUCCCCAGGGGCCCCAGGUACAGACUGUGAGCUUUCCAAUACCUGCCAAUAAAUGUGGACUCAUCAUUGGGAAAGGAGGUGACACAGUUCGACAGCUGAUGGUUCAAUCAAAUUGUCACAUUGAACUUGACCGAGGUCCUAACACCAACCCCCAGGAGAAACUCUUCAAUUUGAGAGGACUACCCCAGAAUAUCCAGGCAGCUCAGAACCUCAUUAGACAGAAGCUAGAGGGAGGAGGUAUUCCAGGGGAUCCUUAUGCUGGUAUGGCUGCCUAUGGUGGUAUCCAUGGAAUGGGUGGGGCCCAGGGGUGGGGUCAGUAUGGCUCUUAUGGAGGAGGGUAUCCUACAGCAGGUGGGUAUGGAGGAGGAGCCCCUCAUCAACAGCAACCUCCACAAGGAGGAGCACCAGGUGGACAGCAAAGUAGUGAAGCAGCGUGGGCUGCUUAUUACCAACAGUUGCAAGCAUACACUCAACAGCAGCAGCAGCAGCAAGGAGGAGGGGGUGGACCGGGGGGUGCUCCUCAAGGAGGCAGUCAGCAAGUUAUUCAUAAAGCAGGUGGCCCUCCGUCCAGUGGAGCAGCUGGUUCCAAUGACUUACAGGCCCAAUGGGCAGAGUAUUACCGACAAAUGUACUACUAUCAGCAACAGCAGCAGGGGGCUGGUGGGGGCCCUCCCCCUGGCCAAGGGGGCCCCCCUCAAACUGGAGGAAUGCCCCCACGGAAUUAGCCUAGUCUACUGUUGAAGUGUCAUCCAUUGUUGUUGUAUUUUGAACUAUUCAUUUUGUUACAUUCUCUCUUCUCUCAAACUGUCUAUUCUCUUUUAUUAAUUUGUCAGUGAUUAUUUGUAUAAUUAACUUGCACAUUAUAAUGUUUCCAGUAUACCCCAGUAUAUUCUCAGUAUAUUUUAGUAUAUUCCAGUAUACUA